AUGGCCACCGGGGGCCCCAAGACCAGAGUACCCGUUGCAAUAAUAUGGAGGACAACCCCAGCUCCAAGAGGAUACCAGUUGGUGACCCGAAAACCGGCUGAGAGCACCGAAAAUGAAUCCACGGCCUACCCACAGCAGCAAGACCAGACUCAGGUGACUGCUGGUCGGUUAGAACACAUGCUGACUAUGCUGGGAAAUGGACGAAAAGCAGCAGACACUUACCCUGAUGGCAGGAGCCCCUGGCUCGGGGUCCGUCCCCGCUCCCCCCCCCGGCCGGUGGGGGAGAUCCCGUCCACAUGGAGGCGACACGCGCCAAGACGAAAGUUUCCGUGCUGGGCCCAGGCUGCCCUCCUGGACUGGCAAUGGCUGCCAAAAAGGGGCCCCGACAGCAAACGAGACUGA